AUUUGAACAACCCGGACAUAAUGUACAGCGUUUUUCUGAAUGACAGACGGUCUUAUGGACUGCUAGGUUCGUCUCGACAAAUCAGACCUUAUCGGCCUGUGUGUGCGUGUGUUUAUUCAGCUGUGAUUCAUCAUUAAAUGUCACUGUCGUCAGCUGCAACGAGGCGGGGAGGAUUAGGCAGAAUAAAGCGUCCGCGGACGAACGGUGACGGUGUCCGAUCAAAUCCGUGGCGUAGGACUGGGAUGCAUGUGAGCCGCCAGGAUGAGGAGCCGCAGUAAUUCAGGAGUGAGGCUGGAUGGCUACGCCAGACUGGUCCAUGAGACGAUCCUGUGCCAUCAGAACCCAGUGACAGGACUUCUGCCGGCGAGUACCCAAAAGAAAGACGCCUGGGUGAGGGAUAAUGUGUACAGUGUCCUGGCUGUGUGGGGGCUGGGCAUGGCCUACCGCAAGAAUGCAGACCGGGAUGAAGAUAAGGCCAAGGCCUAUGAACUGGAGCAGAGUGUGGUGAAACUGAUGCAGGGCCUUCUGCAGUGCAUGAUGAGACAGGUGGCCAAAGUGGAGAAGUUCAAACACACCCAGAGUACAAAGGACUGCUUGCAUGCCAAGUACGAUACUCCCACCUGUGCCACUGUGGUGGGCGACGACCAAUGGGGCCAUCUUCAGGUAGACGCCACUUCCAUUUACCUGUUGAUGCUGGCACAGAUGACAGCUUCAGGCCUUCGCAUAAUCUCAAAUCUGGAUGAAGUAGCCUUCAUCCAAAACUUGGUCUUCUAUAUAGAGGCUGCCUACAAAGUAGCGGAUUAUGGGAUGUGGGAGCGAGGUGACAAGACCAACCAGGGUAUCCCUGAACUCAAUGGCAGCUCUGUAGGAAUGGCUAAGGCAGCUCUGGAGGCCAUAGAUGAGCUGGACCUUUUUGGAGCCUAUGGAGGACCUAAGUCAGUCAUCCACGUUCUACCCGAUGAAGUGGAACACUGUCAGUCCAUCUUAUGCUCCAUGCUGCCCAGAGCUUCCACGUCGAAGGAGAUUGACGCUGGGCUUCUCUCAGUCAUUUCUUUCCCAGCUUUUGCUGUUGAGGAUGCUGACCUGGUGUCCAUCACCAAGUCAGAAAUUAUAAACAAACUACAAGGUCGUUACGGCUGCUGUCGCUUCAUCAGAGACGGAUACCGUUGUCCCAAAGAGGACCCGUCUCGCUUGCACUAUGAUCCUGCUGAGCUCAAGCUGUUUGAAAAUAUUGAAUGUGAAUGGCCUGUGUUCUGGACCUACCUCAUCCUGGAUGGCAUCUUUGCUGGAGAGCAAGUACAGGUUCAGGAGUACCGUGAGGCUCUGGAGGGCAUUUUGAUCAGAAUGAAGAACGGCAUCAAACUGGUGCCUGAGCUUUAUUCUGUACCACCUGAAAAGGUGGACGAGGAGUACAGCAAUCCUCACACAGUGGACAGAGUGGCCAUGGGGCAGCUGCCGCACAUGUGGGGACAGUCACUCUACAUCUUGGGCUGUCUUCUGGCUGAGGGUUUUUUAGCCCCUGGAGAGAUAGAUCCUCUCAACAGGAGAUUCUCUACACACUUCAAGCCAGAUGUUGUGGUACAAGUUUGUGUUCUUGCAGAGUCACACGAGAUCAAGGAGUUGUUACGUGAACAUGACAUUAUAGUCCAGACAGUGUCUGAAGUUCUGCCAAUCAGGGUCAUGCCUGCUCGCAUCCUCAGCCAUAUCUAUGUCAAACUGGGGAACUGCAAGAAACUGAAUUUGAGUGGGAGGCCCUACAGACACAUUGGAGUUUUGGGAACAUCAAAAUUCUAUGAAAUCAGAAAUCGAUCUUACAUGUUCACCCCACAGUUUUUGGAUCAGCACCACUUCUACCUUGCUCUGGACAACCAGAUGAUUGUAGAGAUGUUACGGACAGAGGUGGCAUAUCUCUCCUCCUGCUGGAGGAUGACAGGACGACCCACACUCACUUUCCCCAUCACACGCAGCAUGCUUGUUGAAGAUGGCGGUGGGGUAGAUCCCUGUAUCCUAGCAACCCUCAGGAAACUCAAUGAUGGUUAUUUUGCUGGGUCAAGGGUGCAGAUGUCAGACCUCUCCAGUUUUCAGACUACGUCCUUCUACACUCGCCUCAGCUUCUUGGACAAAGGGAACGAUGAUGACUUACUUGACGAUGAGGAUGAAGAGGAGAUUGAUGAAAAUGGAGAGGAAUAUAACAACUAUGAGCCCUCAGAGGGCUCAGAAGACAUGUUUGACCAGUACCUCAACCAGCUUCUCCACAGCACCACCACCAAAUCCCAUCUUCCUCCCAUCCAGAGGGGGCAUCACCAUGUCUUCAGUGCUGAACACACAACAAGAGACAUCCUGUCUCUAAUGGCAGAGGUUCAGGGCCUGAACAUGCCGAAGUCUUCCAUGUAUCUACCUGUGACUCCGGUCAUGAGCAAACAUCGCAAGUCACUCAACCUUCUUGACGUUCCUCAUCCGCAACAUAGUGCACAUGCGAAGCAACACAAGCUCCAUGGUGCUGCUGAUCUGCACCUGCCUCGAGACUCCAAGGGCAACACAGACUUUGGGGCAUUGGUGAUGCAGCUGAAAGAGUGUCCCUCUCUGCAGGACCAGGCUGACAUCCUCUACAUCCUCUACAUAAUGAAAGGAGCUGAUUGGCUGGUGGAGCUAUCAGGUCCUGGGCAGGGUGGGGUCAGUGUGCGAUCACUAUUGGAGGAGCUGUACGUACAAGCUGGAGCGUGCAAAGAGUGGGGACUCAUCAGAUACAUCUCUGGAAUAUUACGCAAGAGAGUGGAAGUCCUCGCUGAGGCCUGCACAGAUCUUAUUUCCCACCACAAGCAGCUGACUGUGGGUCUACCUCCUGAGCCACGGGAAAGAGUCAUUGCAGUGCCUCUUCCUCCCAAGGAGCUGAACACUCUCAUCUAUGAAGCCAGUGGUCAGGACAUUAGUAUUGCUGUACUCACUCAAGAAAUCAUGGUGUACCUAGCCAUGUACGUUCGCUCCCAGCCUGCGCUCUUUGGCGACAUGCUUCGACUAAGAAUAGGACUCAUCAUGCAAGUGAUGGCUACUGAGCUUGCGCGUAGUUUGCACUGCUCUGGUGAGGAGGCGUCUGAGAGUUUGAUGAGUCUGAGUCCGUUUGACAUGAAGAGCCUGCUGCAUCACAUCCUCAGUGGCAAAGAGUUUGGGGUGGAGAGGAGCAUGCGCCCAAUUCAGUCGACAGCCACGAGUCCUGCCAUCUCUAUACAUGAACUUGGCCACACCGGAGCCACCAAGACUGAACGUACUGGUAUACACAAGCUAAAGAGUGAAAUUAAGCAGCUGGAUGACUCUCAGCCUCACAGUCUGGAACGGCAUUCGCGUCAUCCCACGUUAGUCGGAGAACACGGCGCCCCACUGUCACUGUGUCGAAUGAGCUUUCUUGUGAUCAGCCACAUCUGCAGUGGUGGUCUUUCCUUGAGUAGCAAUGUCACUUCUCCUCGCUCCACGCGAUGCAGCAGCCCCUCCACCCCCAGUGGAAUGCUGUCACCGGUGGGCUCUGGUCCAGUAGAUGGACAGCUGCACUGGGAGGAGAGACAAGGCCAGUGGCUGAGGAGACGCAGGCUGGAUGGAGCUAUCAACAGGGUCCCAGUGGGCUUUUACCAGAAGGUGUGGAAGAUCCUGCAGAAGUGCCACGGCCUGUCCAUCGAUGGAUACGUGUUGCCCUCCUCUACCACAAGAGAGAUGACAGCAGGGGAGAUUAAGUUUGCAGUGCAGGUGGAGUCUGUGCUGUACCAUGUGCCACAGCCCGAGUACCGGCAGCUGCUAGUGGAGACCGUUAUGGUUCUGGGCCUGGUAGCUGAUGUGGACAUGGACACUAUUGGCAGCAUUAUCCACAUAGACCGUGUGCUACAUUUGGCCAACGACCUCUUUCUCAGUGACCAGAAAUCCCACAGCGCCAGUGAUUAUUUCCUUGAGAAAGACCCAGCGACCGGCAUCUGCAACUUCUUCUACGACAGCGCGCCCAGUGGCAGCUAUGGCACCAUGACCUAUUUGUCCAAGGCAGUGAUCACAUAUGUGCAGGACUUUCUACCCAGUUCAAGUUGCCUGAUGCAGUGAAAAAUGCAGCAGAUGAGGUUUGGUCAGUGGAAUCAACUGCCCAAUGGCUGCAAAGCUUCUCACAACUAAUUCACAUGGUGCUUGUAAGUGUAUUUAUGCAUCAGUGAAUUCUGCAGCUCCCAUAUCUUCAUGUAACUGGACUUAGCAGCUGAUUGAUAAAAAAAGAACAUAAGAACGUUUCUUAGAGUCUGGACUGUGAACUUAUUUAUUACUUUUGCUUAUAAACACAGUCCGUAAACAGCGUGUGUAAUAUGCAUUUAUUUAUAACGAAAUUCACAAAGAUACUGUAUAAGAAAGCAUCCUGGUCUUAGUGUUGUGAAAAUCGUAUAUUACUAUAUAGUAAGUAACACUUACAUUGCAAUUUUACAGUACUUAGCAAGGCACAUUUAGCACUAAGUGCAUGUAACAGUUAUUUCUCUCAAAUGUUAUUUUUCUGCCCUUUUAACUAUUUUAGAAACAAAAUAUAUUGUUCUAAUAUGUUGUUGAAGAAAUUAUUAUUAUUAGAAGAAAUUAUUUUGAAAGCAAAUCAAAAGCACAGAUCACAGCAUACAGUACCAACGUGUAAUCAUCACGUAACGUUGGAGGGAGCGUCAUGGAGGAGAAAAUGAAUGCCAGAGUUUAUGGAGGCAUUUCAUACGACAAAGACACCUGGUAGUUUUCUGACAGGUGAGAAGUUGCUUGAUGACCCAAGUAAUUCUACUCAACAAUGAAUUCAAUAGAGUAGGUGACAUGAAUACAGUAUAUGUGGGUCAUGUGAGUACAAAAAAGUUCACUUACUAUCCAUUACUAAAACCUACCUAAAGAGGAAAUAUAAUUAAAAAAAAUUUUUUUAAUAAAAAAUAAUUUAAAUUACAGACUUACAGUAUUAUCAUUUGGUACAAACAAAACUCACUGUGUUUUGCAGUCUUGCUUAAAUAUUGAUCUAUAGAGAAUAAAGCGAGUUUUCUUUAAAUCUAAAA